AUGGAUUCGCAACUUUCAUCGAACGAAGAGCACCCUAAGUCGCCACUUUGGGGAUCAUGCAGGUUGACACUGAGUGUCUGUGCCUUUCUGGUCCUGGUCAACAUGAUUAUGACCAGAUACUCCUUGGCCCUAACUCUGAUCUGUAUGGUGAGAACACAGGAUGCCGAGACCAGUCUGGUAAUUCUAUCGGAUAAUAACAAAUGCCCGAAUUGCAGACAGGAAUAUAGAAAGUAUGACUUCGAUUGGCAACCAAACGUUCAAGGGCGCCUGAACGCAGCAAUUUUCUACGGCUUCAUAACAACGCAGCCAUUUGCAGGUUACUUUUGCGACAGAUUCGGCGGCAAGUUGCUCUUCGUAAUUGCUGCAGGUAUGCAAGGAAUUUGCAGCUUGUUUUGCCCGGUUGCAGCAAGAUUGCAUGUGGAAUUUCUGUUUGUUUUGAGGAUUAUCCAGGGGUGCUUUUCGGGUUUUACGAUUCCGGCAAUGUACGCCCUGUUUUCCAAGUGGACGCCUCCAAAAGAGAAGACUCUGCUUUUGGGUUUUGCCUACAGUGGUUUUCCAAUGGGUAACAUUAUUGUUUACCCUUUGUCCAGUGCACUUUGCAGACUUGAUUUCGAUGGAGGUUGGCCCUUGGUUUUUUAUUGUAUAGGAAGCUUCGCCAUCAUAUUAGGUAUCCUCUUGUACUUCCUAACAUUUGAUGAUCCAAGUGAUCAUCCAAGAAUUUCAGAAGCUGAAAGGAACUAUAUAAAGUCCUAUCAUAUGAAGAAGUUCUCAAAGAAACUGAAGACACCCUGGAUAUCAAUGCUAAAAUCAAUGCCAAUCUACGCUUACAACGUUGCCCAUUUUGCCCAAUCCUGGAGUUUCAUAACAUUGGCCACUAGUAUUCCAAUGAUGCUCAAGGAUAUGCUGGGACUUGAUAUGAAAUCGAAUGGUUUUCUGUCAGCCCUGCCCUAUAUCUGCAGCUACAUCUCCAGAUUCACGAUUUCCGUCACUUUUAACCCAAUAAAACGACUGACCAGGUUGAGUUUGACGAAUAUGAGGAAGGUUAAUCAUGUACUAGGCACCGCCAUCCCAGCCUUGAGCCUACUCUGUCUCGGCCUAAUAACCAGAGAAGACAAAUUCUGGGCAAUCCUGUUGAUAUCCUUAUGCACAACAUUCACCGACGUCGGCCUGACAGGCUCAUACCUGAUGAGCUACCUGGAACUGGCUCCACCUUUUGCCAGUUUCCUAACAGGAUUCUCUAAUACUGUCGGAUCUCUUCCUGGAUGCGUUUCUAACACAUUGACUGGAUACUUAACCACUAAUGGUACAAGAGAAGAGUGGAUGGUUGUGAUUUACAUUAUGGCAGCGAUGUACCUUGUCGGUGGUAUUUUUUAUGUAAUUUUCGGCACUUCGGAGUUACAAGAGUGGGCAAUCAUCGAGGACAACCCUUAG